UGCCAUCACAAUUGACCAUCUUUAAUUCGUAUGCGUUUUGCGUGAUAUAAAUAAAUGCCGGCUUUCCUGAAUUUUAACUGCAGCAAAACAAUUGACUGCAAACAAGGAGCUGUGCGCGCAGUACGCUAUAAUGUGGACGGCAGCUACUGUUUGAGCUGCGGCUCGGACAAAAAGAUCAAAUUGUGGAAUCCUGUUUCGGGUUUGCUAUUGAAGACCUAUGGAGGCCAUGCGGAUGAGGUGACCGAUGUGGCGGGCAGCUGUGAUAGCAGCUACAUUGUCUCAUCAAGCCUGGAUAAGAGUAUCAUCUACUGGGAUGUGGCCACGGGCGCUCCCGUACGUCGACUCCGCAGUCACGCAGGCGGCGUACGCUGCGUGUGCUUCAACGAGGACUCGUCCAUUGCCAUAUCUGGCGGACGCGAUAAUGCCAUCAUGUGCUGGGACAUACGCACUCGCCGCCUUGACCCCGUUCAAGUGAUGAAGGACGCAAAGGACUGCAUAACAACUGUGCUGACUAAUGACCACAAAAUCUUUGCCUCCUCUUUGGAUGGAUGUGUGCGUCACUAUGAUAUACGUGUGGGCGAGCUCACCUGCGACGAGGUGGGCCAACCAAUUACCUAUCUGGCGCAGACGAAGGAUGAGCAGUGCCUGCUGGCUGGCUGCCAGGAUAACACGUUGCGUCUGCUCGACUGCGAAUCGGGCGGGCUGCUGUCGGAAUACAAAGGCCAUCAGUCUGCGGACUAUCUCAUCGAGUGCGGCAUCCUAGCCGACGAUGCGCAUCUAGUCUCCGGCUCCAGCGACGGCGAUGCCUACGUCUGGGAUCUGCUCGAGGCGAAGGUCUUGCAACGCAUUCGCAUUAGUGACAAUGGAGGCGUGGUUCAUUCCCUGGCCACUCAUCCCAAGCGACAGGAAAUGCUUUUCGCUCGACGCAGGGAUAUGUAUGUGUUCUCCACUGAUCUGCAAAUCGAGGAGGAGCAGCUGUAGCAAAGGAAUUCCUAAAUUCCUUUUUCAUUUAGUUUUAGUGCACGCGUAAAUAAGGCUAGUGAGAUCUCUGUUAGAUAGUAUACAAAUAGGAACCACCACUAUAUAUAUAUAUAUAUAUGUCAUGUUAG